AUGACUGAUGGAAACCUUUCCACCUCUACAAAUGGCAUAGCCUUGAUGGGCAUUCUGGACAGUCGACCAGGAAACCACAUUCAGAACCUGCAACACUUGACUUUCAAGGCACCCAGGUCCCUCUCGUUGCCUGAGUAUGGGCCCAAGCUGAAACUCAGUGCUUUAGAAGAUCGGCACAGCCUUAAAUCGGUGGACUCGGGCAUUCCUACCCUCGAGAUUGGCAACCCGGAGCCUGUCCCCUGCAGUGUGGUCCACGUGAGGAGGAAGCCAUCCGAGCCGGAGAUCGUCCCUGAGCGAGCCUGCCAGAGCGCCUGCCCGCUGCCCUCCUGCGCGCCCGCAGCUCCCACCGGCGCCGAGCGGGAGCAGAGCGUGCGCAAGUCCUCCACAUUUCCCCGGACGGGCUACGACUCAGUGAAACUCUACAGCCCCGCCUCGCAGGCCCCGCAGCGCAGCGACAAUGCCUCGGUGUGCAGCGUGUCCAGCCUCGGCACGGAGCUGUCCACCACGCUGUCCGUCAGCACCGAGGACAUCUUGGACCUGGUGGUCACGAGCAGCUCCAGCGCCAUCGUGGCCCUGGAGAACGACGAGGGCCCACAGUUCGCCGACGUCACCUUGAGCUCCAGUGAGGAGGGCCGGGACCGCCAGCGGGGCUGUGCCGGCGCAGCAGAGGCGGGGGCCACGCUGAGGCUGCUGGCCCCGCUCGGCCACUUCUUCACCAGGAAUUUGCUUGCUAGAAAACAGAAUGCAAGACUUGAAAAACAAAAUGACUUGGGAUGGAAGUUAUUUGGAAAAGUACCACUUCGAGAGAAUGCUCAGAAAGAUUCAAAGAAGUUACAAAAGGAAUAUGAAGACAAGGCUGGACGACCUAGCAAGCCUCCCUCUCCGAAGCAGAAUGUGAGGAAGAAUCUUGAUUUUGAGCCUCUUUCCACCACAGCACUCAUCCUGGAAGACAGACCAGCAAAUCUCCCAGCGAAGCCAGCUGAAGAAGCUCAGAAACACAGGCAACAGUAUGAAGAGAUGGUGGUUCAGGCCAAAAAACGAGAGCUGAAAGAAGCCCAGAGGAGGAAAAAGCAGUUGGAGGAAAGAUGCAGACUAGAAGAAAGUAUUGGAAAUGCGGUCCUCACUUGGAACAACGAGAUUUUGCCCAACUGGGAAACAAUGUGGUGCUCUAGAAAAGUUCGAGAUUUGUGGUGGCAGGGAAUCCCUCCCAGCGUGAGAGGCAAGGUCUGGAGCUUAGCCAUUGGCAACGAGUUAAACAUCACCCACGAGCUCUUCGACAUCUGCCUUGCCCGAGCAAAGGAGCGGUGGCGGUCCUUGAGCACAGGAGGCUCCGAAGCAGAUCCCGAAGAUGCUGGUUUUUCAGCAGCAGACAGAGAAGCCAGUCUGGAGCUGAUUAAACUGGACAUCUCCAGAACGUUCCCCAGUCUCUGCAUUUUCCAGCAAGGUGGCCCGUACCACGACACGCUGCACAGCAUCUUGGGCGCGUACACUUGUUACCGACCGGAUGUGGGUUAUGUUCAGGGCAUGUCCUUCAUAGCGGCCGUGUUGAUCUUGAACUUAGAUACUGCAGAUGCCUUCAUUGCUUUUUCUAAUCUUUUGAAUAAACCCUGUCAGAUGGCGUUUUUCCGAGUGGACCAUGGCCUUAUGUUGACAUACUUUGCUGCAUUUGAGGUAUUCUUUGAAGAAAACUUGCCGAAAUUAUUUGCUCAUUUCAAGAAAAACAACUUAACUCCAGACAUCUACCUAAUUGAUUGGAUCUUUACUCUCUACAGUAAGUCUCUGCCCCUCGACCUGGCCUGCCGGGUCUGGGAUGUGUUCUGCCGCGACGGGGAGGAGUUCCUGUUCCGCACGGCCCUGGGCCUCCUCAGGCUAUUCCAGGAUGUCCUGACCAGGAUGGACUUCAUUCACGUGGCGCAGUUCCUCACGAGGUUGCCCGAGGACCUGCCCGCCGAGGAGUUCUUUGCUUCCAUCGCCAGCAUUCAGAUGCAGAGUCGAAACAAGAAGUGGGCUCAGGUGCUGACCGCCUUGCAGAAGGACAGCAGGGAGAUGGAGAAAGGAAGCCCGUCUCUGCGGCAUUGA